AUGGUGUAUACCGUAACCCAGCCGGAUGAUCAACCUCCGGUCACGUCACGAAAUCAUUUUGUAUUCAAAAAUCGUACCCGCUUUGUUAUUCUACUACUCUGUACAUUAUGCUUAUCGAUUGCACAAAGUAACGUGCUUACAUUGAAUUUCACUAUUAUUUGUAUGGUUAAUGAUCCGAUCAAUAUCGAUCAAUACAAUAUUUCCGACACUAUUUUUCUUACCAACAAUGGCACUUAUAAUGAGGCUGGCAAUUCCUCGUAUUCACUGGAAUACGACGAAGCCGUUCCACCUAAACAACACUAUACUUAUUCACCUAUUGAGCAGAAUAUGCUCUUUUUAUUUGUGGCCAUUGGCGCCCUAGUGGGCAUGCUUCCAAUUAUGUGGCUUACGCAGAUGUUUGACACUCGACCUUUAGUUACUAUAUUCGGUUUGUUUUCCGCAUUUUGCACUGCCCUUAUUCCACUGAGCGCUUAUCUUGGUUUCUAUUGGAUGGUCAUCGUGCGUUUCUUGCAGGGAACUGGACUCUCCACUGGCUUUUUCCUCAUUGGUAAUGUUAGUCGACAAUGGUCAAUACAAAAGCAGAACGCAUUUUUCUUCGCAUUUCUCACAUGCUUUUUUCAGAUCGGCCCCAUAUUUACAAUGCCUGUAGCCGGAGCGCUGUGUACGUCAUCACUUGGAUGGUCAUCUGUUUAUUAUCUUCAUGCCGUGAUUACCUGCAUUUUGUUUUUGUUGUUUUUCUAUUUCUAUAGAGAACAUCCUGAUAUGCAUGCAUUUGUAUCUACUAAAGAAUUGAAUCGUAUCAAUCGUGGUAAAGAAAACUUCAACAAAAGGAAACCAUUGCCCUUAAAGGCUCUUAUCGCUUCAAAAGCUAUCAUUGCCGAAUGGAUCAUGGCUGUGGCUAUUUUUAUGGGCAUUCAAAUCACAAUGCAAUUCUCACCUAUAUAUCUCAACAGGGUUAUGGGAUUCUCAGUGUAUCAGACUGGCCUGUUCAGCGCCAUACCUCAGGUAGCGCUAUUUGUGGUGAAGAUGUCCACCGUGUUUCUCAACGAAAAAGCCAACCGUUUUCGACCGGAUAUUCCUGCAAAAAUUUUCAACCUCAUAGCUAUCGGUGGCAUGGGAACAACAUUCUUCGUUCUCGCCUUUUUACCAACGUCAGUGCCAACACUUGCUUGGGUGGUACUCAUUAUUUGCACUGCUAUAAUUGGCUUGAACAGUGGCACCUUCUUCCGCAGUUCGGCUAUCAUUGCUGCGCAACACAAUCAAUCGGUAAUGAGUUUAUAUUUCGUUCUCAAUUGCCUGGCAGCUUUGCUGGCACCCGUUGUGGUGAACAUUUUCGUUCGCAAUGAUACUUGGGAUGAGUGGAAGUAUGUAUGGAUAGUGUACGGUAUCCUGAUGACCGCCAGUAUCUGCUAUUUCAUGGUGUUCGGGGAAGAUGAACCAUCCGAACUAACAAAGUUCGGGUAUGGGGCUAAAGUUGCACCUGUGCUUACUCUACCGCCUAGGUCACAUCCUCGAGAUGACCGAUUCUCUAUGCGCCUGAAUGACAAGAAUCGUACUCGUUUCAUUAUUCUACUACUUUCUACGCUAUGCCUAUCAAUUGCACAAAGCAACACACUCACACUGAAUUUUACUGUUAUUUGUAUGGCUGGCGAUCCAAUCGAUAUCGAUCAAUACAACACUUCUGGCACUAUUUUUCAAACUGAGAACGGAACCUAUUAUGAGACUGGUACCUCAACAUACCUAUUGGAAUAUGACGAAGCAGUUCUUGCUCGUCGACAUUAUGCUUAUUCACCAAAUGAGAAAAAUAUGCUAUUCUCGUUUGUGGCCAUCGGUGCUAUGGUAGCUGUCUAUCCAGUAAUGUUUCUCGUACAGAGAUUUGGCACUCGAUCAAUUGUGACAAUAUUCGGCUUCUUUUCUGCUCUCUGUACUGCCCUUAUCCCACUAUGUGCUUAUCUUGGUUUCUAUUGGAUGGUUGUUAUGCGAUUCCUACAGGGAACAGGUCUUUCAACUGGAUUCACCCUCAUUGGUAUUGUUACCCGACAAUGGUCUAUGCAAAAGCAGAACGCAUUUUUCAUCGCAUUUCUCACAUGCUUUUUCCAGAUUGGUCCCAUCUUCACAAUGCCUGUGGCCGGGGCGUUAUGUACGUCAUCACUUGGGUGGUCAUCUGUUUAUUAUUUACACGCCAUCAUUACCUGCAUUUUAUUUCUGUUAUUCCUAUACUUCUACAGGGAGCAACCCCAAAUGCACGCAUACGUAUCUGCCAAAGAACUGGAUCGUAUAAAACGAAACAAAGGAGACACAAAUGAACGUGAACCGCUACCCGUAAAGGCUAUGGUAACUUCGAAUGCGAUCAUUGCCGUAUGGAUCUCGGCUAUUGCUAAUUUUAUGGGUAUCCAGGUUACAAUGCAGUUCUCUCCUAUCUAUCUAAACAAGGUCAUGGGCUUCCCAGUGGAACAGACCGGUCUAUUCAGCGCCAUACCACAGAUCGUGACUUUUGUCCUGAAAAUGUUUGCCGGUGUCCUGGCCGAUAAGGCCACAUGUUGCCGACCGGUCACAUCAGUGAAGAUCUUCAAUAUGUUAGCAAUCGGUGGCAUGGGAAUUGCAUUUUUCAUACUUGCUGUUAUACCAACGUCAAUGCCAACACUUGCUUUAGUGAUACUUAUUAUUUGCACUUCCAUAGUUGGCUUUAAUUGUGGUGCAUUCUUCCGCAGUUCAGCUAUUGUUGCUGCACAACAUAAUCACUUUGUGAUGGGUGUGAAUUCGUUUUUCAACUGCCUAGCAGCUUUGUUGGCACCCGUCGUG